AGUUGUAGGCGGGGCGGGGGUCACGUGACGCACAUUGCCUUUGUGACGUCAGCUCGCGAGGCCCGCGCAUGCGUCCUGGCGCUGUCAGUAGGAGGCGGUGUGUGAGGCCGGUGUUUCCCAGAGUGCCCCGCGGAGCUUACCGGACCCCGGGGGGAAGUUCAGAAAUAAAACAAAAUGGCGACCGGCAGGAGGAGACUUGUGAUCAAUUAAUAGAAGGGACGGUGGCGGAGGGCUCCCUCCGGGGGGCCGAGAAUUAGCGGCCGCUUCUCUCCUGACUGACCCGCCGCGCAGUCUCGUGUCCCAGAGGGAAGGGCAAUUUGUAGCGCGCGGGAUGGAGGAGGUACCGGCGGCCUCUCCGGCCCAGGAGUCUGAUGUUUCCCCCGGCCGCCCCCCUCACUACACCGUCCCGGGGAUCCUGCACUACAUCCAGCACGAGUGGGCCCGCUUCGACAUGGACAGAGCCCACUGGGACGUGGAGAAGGCCGAGCUGCAGGCACGGAUAGCCUUCUUACAAGGAGAAAGAAAAGGUCAGGAAAAUUUGAAGAAAGAUUUAGUAAGAAGAAUAAAGAUGUUAGAGUAUGCCUUAAAACAAGAGAGGGCAAAGUACCAUAAAUUAAAAUAUGGAACAGAGUUGAAUCAAGGAGACUUGAAGACACCAACAUUUGAAUCAGAAACCAAAGAUUCAGAGGUUUCCCCUGGGCCUCAGAAUAGUCAGCUGACCUGGAAACAAGGCCGUCAGCUGUUAAGACAGUACCUUCAGGAGGUUGGGUACACAGAUACGAUAUUGGAUGUGCGGUCACAAAGGGUACGCUCUUUACUGGGACUUUCAGGCUCAGAGCCAAAUGGCUCGGUGGAAACAAAGAACCUGGAACAGAUUCUCAAUGGUGGGGACUCUCUUUCACUUAAACUAAAGGGACAAACAAACAAAAGGAACUCUGGGGAUGUUCUUGAAACAUUUAAUUUCUUAGAAAGUGCUGAUGACAGCGACGAAGAAGAUGAAGGGGACCUAAUUGAGGAUGUCCCUGACAGAAGGGAGAAGCAGCAGAUAAACAAGAAGCAUAAAAUUGGCAAUGAAGGUUUAGCAGCGGAACUUGCUGAUGAUACAGAGGAGGCACUGAAGGAGUUUGAUUUCCUAGUAACAGCAGAAGAUGGAGAAGGAGCAGGAGAAGCGAGGAGUUCAGGGGAUGGGACAGAAUGGGAAACAGACGUGCUCUCCCCAACAACACAGCUUUGGCAUGUAGACCAGGGACUAAUAAAUAAACUGAAGGAGGAAUACACCAAGGAGCGCAAGGGAACUAAAGGGGCCAAGAGGGUAAACAGGACGAAACUGCAUGACAUGAUUGCAGACCUAGGGGACGAAGAUCUUUCUCACAUCCCAGCAGAAGUCUUGAGCCCAGCCAACACACCCUCCUCAAUAAUUACUGAUCAUGAAGGUGGAAGAGCAGAGGAAGCUGAGCCGAUCGCAUUUCCUCCUGGAUCUGGUAAAUCCUUUAUAAUGGGAUCCGAAGAUGUUCUGGAAAGCGCCUUGGGACUCGGCGACUUGGCGGACCUCACCGUCACAAAUGAUGCGGAUUUCACUUACGAUCUUCCAUCCAACAAGGAUGCCUUUAGGAAGACAUGGAACCCAAAGUAUACCCUUCGCAGCCACUUUGAUGGAGUCCGGGCUUUAGCCUUUCACCCGCUGGAGCCUGUUCUGGUCACUGCUUCUGAGGACCACACCCUGAAACUAUGGAAUUUGCAGAAAACUGUUCCCACCAAAAAGAGUGCCUCCUUAGAUGUGGAACCCAUCUACACGUUUAGAGCUCACAUUGGGCCUGUCCUUUCUCUUGUGGUCGGCUGCAGCGGAGAACACUGCUACAGUGGAGGGCUAGACUCAACAAUACAGUGGUGGAAAAUGCCAAGCCCCAACGUUGAUCCAUAUGAUACAUAUGAGCCAAGUGUUCUGGCUGGAACUCUAGUUGGGCACACAGAUGCCGUGUGGGGCCUGUCACAUAGUGGAGUUAAAGAUAACUUGCUUUCCUGUUCUGCUGACGGUACCGUACGGUUAUGGAGUCCACCAACAGGCACCCAGUGUAUUGGCACCUACAAUGGAAACAGAGAACAUGGGAUCCCCACGUCUGUUGAUUUUAUUGGCUGUGACCCUGCCCAUGCUGUAGCCUCUUUUACAAGUGGUUGCAUUGUUGUUUAUGACUUAGAAACUUCACAGUCUGUAGUACAGCUUUCCUCACCCUCUGACUCUAGUGCUCCCUUUUCAAACCAUAUUAAUAAAAUUGUGAGUCACCCGACGCUCCCUGUUACUAUUGCAGCAUAUGAAGACAGGCACAUCAAGUUUUUUGACAAUAAAUCAGGAAAAACUAUCCACUUGAUGGUGGCUCACUUGGAUGCUGUGACGAGUCUUGCCGUGGAUCCAAAUGGAAUCUACUUGAUGUCUGGAAGCCAUGAUUGCUCCAUCAGGCUGUGGAACCUGGACAGCAAGACCUGCGUGCAGGAGAUAACGGCCCACCGCAAAAAGUUAGACGAAUCUAUUUACGAUGUUGCCUUUCAUCCAACCAAAGCAUUUAUUGCUAGCGCUGGAGCAGACGCCCUGGCUAAGGUCUUUGUGUGACCCCAUGUUCAACGUUCCUUUUCAAGUGCAUUUGGGACAAAACCUCGAGGCAAAAGAGGCAAAUGGCUGCUGAGCAAAACCUUGAGAUAUCACUGCCAUGUGCAGCCACUUCAACACUACAACGCGGAGCUCCCUCUGCUGCAGGACAGUCACAUACUGGUUACACCCCCCCCCAUUACCCUUCUCUUUUUAUUAUCAGGACGGCUUUUUCUAGAGCUGUAAUUACUGUCAUUUAUACCCUUUGUUUCCCUCGCAGUAACCAGUAUUUGCAGCCCCUGCACAGGGUGUCUGUCCUAUAUAAAUAUAUAUAUAAUAUAAUAUAUAUUUCUUUUUUAGCGCUCUUUAGAAAAUAUAUUUUGUUCAAGGUGUUUUUCCCAGUCUACUUGUAACCUCCACCAUGUGCAGGAGGAACGAACACAAGGAAUGGGGGGGGGGUUGUUGCCAACUUCUCUGCCAUGAUGCAGCCGCGCAGCACAGUCUAGUCCCCGUCGCAUCACGUCCUCAUAUAAUGCAUUCGACUUUCAGCAUUUCUCCCGACAUUUCUUUUUCAGCCUCAUUUUAAAGGAGCAGCAGCCAACUUCACACUGGUUUGACACCCAGAGAGGUUUCAGAGAGCCAUGAAUUCACUAAUGGCUUGUCUCGCACUCACGCUCGGGACACUGCAGAGAUCUCAAUGAGGUGCUGGGUUUAACCCUGUCCGUGCCUGGCUGCCAAAGAGAGGAUUUUAAAAGCAACUUUUUCUUGACAAAAGUUUUUUUUUCUGGCAUUGAAAGCAAGUGUGUAACUCUAUUUUUUAACAUUAGCGUUGCAUAAACACACACGUUUUUUGGGUCUAACUGUAGUUUUUACUUUUUAUAUAUAUAUAUAUAUAUAUUUAAGCUGUCGCAGAAUUGCAGUGUUUUUAUCAGCCGUAUUAAAAGGUAAAAAAACAGGAAUUUUACAGCUUUUUAUACUGCCAUCCUUCCUCCCCUACACACAACGUGAAUGUUUCUUUAUUGCCUUCCCUUUCUCCUCCCACUCUUUGCAUCCCUGUAAUGCCAUUGGUCGGCCAUGCUGCCAAUAACUCAGGGGUUACUGUUUGGAAAGAGACUAACCAAUUAGCUACUGCGUUUUUCCUGCUAAUACUAAACGGGCAACAAAGUGGGAGCACUGCCCGUCUGGCACCCCUAGAAUUCCCCCUUUUUAACCAAUCGCAGCAUUCUAUCACUGUGUGAUAUAUUGUAUGUUUACUUUAUUUACGAGUUAAUUUAUCCGAAGGGUUCCUCGCUUAAUUACAACCGCUUAUUGUUAUUUAUUUCUGCUUUUUAUUCAUUGUUUUAUUUGUGUAAGUGGGGGGGAAAGAACUUUUACGGUUUUUGGAGCCUGGCACAUAAGCAAGUAAAUGAGGAGAAUCACGGACAGUCGAGAGAUUCGUGAUCAGGAACAAAACAACAGACAUUGCCGGUUUAGCCAUUUCCACAUGCAAAAUGGGGCUGAAAUCCCCCCACGUUUCUAUUUCAGCUUCCUCUUGCACGUUGGAUUUGCCGCCAUCUUUAACCCUCCGUCUAGAUUUCCUCUCGCCAUUCUUUUGCCGACACUCAGUAUCUGCUGUUGAGAGAUGCCGGGUCUCUGUGAUGUGCAUGACUAAGACAAUUCCACAGAACUCUUUUCUAGUCUUCCACAAAAACAAGGGAAAACCAAUAAUGAUCAGUUUGCAAGUUUUGUAAGGUUUUUGUUUUACAGACUGCAAGUCGGCACAUUUUUAUGAUUGUAUCGCAGAAAAACAGUUGUUGAAAAAUAAUGUAUAUAAAAUGCCUAUAAUAAAUAUUAAAUGGUGUACCUAAA